GCUCCGUUAAAAAGUAGGUUCUUCCAUCAAUUCUAUUACCUUUCUAAAAAGGUUCUAAAUAUAUUAGGUUUCCCAGUAGUUUUCAGUAGGUAUCGCAGCAAGCUGUAACACAUUUUAACAUUAGAAACAUCUACGUGCUUGUCAUUUUUCGCUUCGGAUAUUUUUUUUUCAAAUCAGCUUCUCAAAUUUAAAGGCGUAAUAUGAGCACCAUUGAUUCUAAGUCCUUCAAGACAACGAAAAUUAUAACCUCCAGAAUUAACUCAGGUGUCACGAAUGUAACGAAGAGUCCCUCCUCUAUCAGCAAUAAUCAAAACCGUAACUCGGACCGCACGCAAAAACCCACAGCAACCCUUCAAAGGUCCCGUACAACCAGCAGAGAAAGCACACCAACAAAUUGGAAACGUCCGGGUAGCACAUCAUCCUCGUUGCUAUGUAGUACAUCAAAGAUUGGACUUCCGGAUGACAGGCUUCAAAAAGGAAUCCAUAAGCUUGGUGCGCUUCCGAGUUACUUGCGUUCUGCGCGACCUGCGACGGCUCAUGGAAGUAGCAAACCAACGGCUGUAGUGAAUACGAGAAAGAAUGAGAAUUGUGACAGCACUCAAAAGUUUCUCGUACAGGAAAAUGCUCGUUAUGAGAAGAUCAGAACUGAUAUUGGGAAAAAGUUUCGCAAGUAUACGAAAUCAAGGGAAGCACUUAACACAGCAGAUACGACGAAGAGUACUGAAAAAGAACAGUUAAAUGUGCCAAUGGUUGAUGGGGAACUUGAACAAGCAGUGGCUCUUGUUUGUGCUGAAACGGAUCAGAUUAUUAGUGCUGACGGUCCUCCUUGUGAGGGUACAGUCGAUGUCACGCAGCUGCGAGCAGCGCUUCACCAUCGUGAAACGGAAAUUCAAGAAUUGAGAGAAAAGGUACGGGUACUAGAGGGAACAUGUCGAUCAAUCGAAAGCGAACACCAGAAGCAGCAUAAGCUUAUUAAGGAUUUGAAUUGUGAGAUAAACGCGAAAACAUCUUUGGUCCUAGAACGAAAUACGGAAAUAGAUAAGCUUAAGGCAUAUUUAAAUAGUCUACGUUCGACUGCAGCCACUAUAUCUCCUGAAGAAAAGCAGUAUACUGAUAAUAAGUUAGUGGAGUUGCGUACCGCGUUAGCGCAGAAAAGUGCAGAAUUAACGGAAAGUUCUGAUCGGAUCACGCAGCUGAACAUGAAACUGGAGAAAUUGCAGAAUAAACUGGAAGAAAUGAAAAAUGCUCUUGACAAAGAGACAAACUUCGGCAUCGAAGUCAAAGCGAAAUUGGACGAGAAAGAAUCUGCUUUUGAGUUAGCAUUGGACGAAAAGAAGCGACUUUCUCAAAGUAACCAAGAAAAGAAGGCAACUAUUAAAACCAUGAAACUGCAAAUUUUCAACAUGAGUCGGGAAAUCGCCGAUAAAGAUAGACAAAUCGGCGAUCUCAAAGCAUCUGGUGCGGUAGAAUUUCCCAGAAGUUCUCUGGAAGCUUCUCCAGAAACUCAGCAAGCCAAAUUGGUGGAAACUUUCCAGCUGGAGGUGAAAAAUUUGCGAACCGAAUUAAGUGUUCUCCAGGAUGCCAAAAGAAACGAUGACGUGCUGCUCCAGGUACGAUCAAAAUUGCUGGAGAGCUUAGAAUCUACCAAGGAAUCGUUCAAAGCACGCUGCGAAGUUCUGGGCAAAUUUGAGGAUGUCGAUGAGGUUACCAGUCGACAACAGCAGACUAUUGAACGACCCGAAAUGCUGUGCGACUCUGUUCACGAUAAACAAUGGCAUUGUAGGGAAGAAGAACAAAUUUUCAGUGACAUUGAGCAGAAUAAUCGAAAGUGUAAAGCGGUUCGAUCGAAGAUCCUACAAAUGGUGAAGCAAUUGAAAAAAGAGAAUCGAAAAAUGAAAGAGGUCAUCAGUAAGGGUGACACCAUUCUGUUGAAGGAAAAUCAGACAACUCCAAAUGAUAAGCAACGGCAAACUCAGGAUCAAUUAUUGGAACAGGUCCGCCAAUUGUUUCCUCAUGAAAUGGCUAAGGAAGAACUUUCUGCAAAUGAUAACGUCAGUGAAGAAGAAAUUACUUGCCGAAUAAUAUACGACAACCAAAUUGAGAGUGAAUCCGAGCCGAAGAUGAUGAACAUGCUUUUGUAAAUGUAGUUCACUAGUACUUUAUUUUUAUAUCAAUUUAUUUUGAGCUAUAUUAAAAUAACUUGUAUUUCGGGAAUUCAA